CUUCAAACUUGAAAUGAAGCAAACCAACCACUCUUUUUCUUAGUUCCCUUUUCACUUUUUGCUUUGUUUUCGAGGAUUCGAGAUGGAAACCGAAGUCAACGAUGAUGAUUUGUUGUUUGCCGAGCUCACGAGGCGGAUUUCGCUUCUCAUUAUGGACGACGACGAGCUUCCGAGCGUUCAUACGGAUUUGAGUCGGACAAUACACCGAGUUCGACCUGGGCAAUUGCCAUUAAUGGUGGAUUACGAGAAUGGCUUUGUAAGGGAGAGCAAAGGUACUGGAGUUUUCAUCCCGACACGGUUGCCAUCACCUAAGAGGAAGCAUAGAAAUGUCGUGGGCUACAGAAUCAAGUCGGAAAAUAAGAGGCUCAAUUCUCAACCGUCCUCGACCUAUUAUUUUAAGCCCAAAAAGAGUUGAGCUUAGACAUUUUCUUAUCCCUUCUAAAUAUUUCUAAGUUUUAUUUGUGUAUUAACAUUUAAUUAUUUAUUAUAUUAGUUCAUGUGAGAUUGUGAUAUGUGGGUUAUGUCACUUAUGAAAUAAAGUUAUGCAUAAUUUU